UUGAAGAGAUAUGAGUAUGCAGAGAGAAAAAUAAUAGAUCAGUCUGACAAGAAGGCAACUUCUCAAAGCUUAGAGAGCUACCACCCAAAGAUAGACAGUUAGUUACAUGUGUGUGUAGUAGCAUAGAUAAAAGGAGAAUUUCAAAGAAAAAGAAAGGAUUUUGGUGUACGGUAAAAAUUAUCUUGCAGCUAUGUACUAUCAAGAAACCUCGGAUAAUAAUAUACAAGCUGAUCAUCAUCAUCAUGCGAACAAUAAUAAUAAUAUUCAGACACUUUAUCUGAUGAACCCUAACAGUUAUAUGCAAGGCUACACUACUACUGACACACAGCAGCAGCAGCAGCAGCAGUUGUUUUUCUUGAAUUCUUCCCCAGCAAGCAACAACGCGCUUAACCCAGCGAAUAUACCCCACGCGCCGCUGCAACAGCAGCAGCACUUCGUUGGCGUGCCUCUUCCGGCAGUUAGUUUGCACGAUCAGAUCAAUCAUCAUGGACUUAUCCAGCGUAUGUGGAACAACCAAGAUCAAUCUCAGCAGGUGAUAGUACCGUCGUCCACGGUGGUUUCCACCACGGACUUGGCCUCUCAAUUGGCGUUUCAGAGGCCGAUGGUGGUGUCUCCGACACUACAACACCGACAACAACAACAAGGUGGUCUAUCACUAAGCCUUUCUCCUCAACAACAACGACAAAUUAGUUUCAAUAACAAUAUGUCGUCAUCAUCACCAAGGACAAAUAAUGUUACUAUUAGAGGAACAUUAGAUGGAAGUUCUAGCAACAUGGUUUUAGGCUCUAAGUACUUGAAAGCAGCACAAGAGCUUCUUGAUGAAGUUGUUAAUAUUGUUGGAAAAAGCAUCAAAGGAGAUGAUCAAAAGAAGGAAAAUUCAAUGAAUAAAGAAUCAAUGCUUUUGGCUAGUGAUAUCAACACUAGUAGUGGUACUGGUGGUGGUGAAAGUAGCAGCAGGCAGAAAAAUGAAGCUGCUGUUGAGCUUACAACUGCUCAAAGACAAGAACUUCAAAUUAAAAAAGCCAAGCUUCUUACUAUGCUUGAAGAGGUGGAACAAAGGUACAGACAGUACCAUCACCAAAUGCAAAUAAUUGUAACAUCAUUUGAGCAAGUAGCAGGAAUUGGAUCAGCCAAAUCAUACACUCAACUGGCUUUGCAUGCAAUUUCGAAGCAAUUCCGAUGCCUAAAGGAUGCAAUUGCUGAGCAAAUAAAGGCCACGAGCAAGAGUCUAGGUGAAGAAGAAGUCUUAGGAGGGAAAAUAGAAGGCUCAAGACUCAAAUUUGUAGACCAUCAUCUAAGGCAACAACGCGCGCUGCAACAGCUAGGAAUGAUGCAACCAAAUGCUUGGAGACCCCAAAGAGGUUUACCUGAAAGGGCUGUAUCUGUCCUUCGUGCUUGGCUUUUCGAGCAUUUUCUUCAUCCUUACCCCAAGGAUUCAGACAAAAUCAUGCUUGCUAAGCAAACCGGGCUAACAAGGAGCCAGGUCUCCAACUGGUUCAUAAAUGCUCGAGUUCGACUAUGGAAGCCAAUGGUAGAAGAAAUGUACUUGGAAGAAGUGAAGAAUCAAGAACAAAAUACCACCACUUCACAAGAUAACAAAAUCAAAGAGACCAAUAAGGUCUCAAAAUCAAGUGCUCCAAAUGAAGAGAAACAAGCAAUUAUUACUAGCAGCUUAUUGCAAGAUGGUACUACUACUCCAACUAUUUCAACUUCCCCUACUGCAGAUGCCUCACUUCAUCAUGCUCACAACUUCUCCUUCCUUGGUUCAUUCAACAUGGAAAAUACUACGACCACUAAUGCUACUGCUGAUCAUAUUGAAAACAACAAUGCAAAAAAGCCAAGAAAUGACAUGCAAAAGUUUUCUCCAAGUAGUAUUCUUUCAUCGGUUGACAUGGAAGCCAAAGCUAGAGAAUCAUCAAACAAAGGGUUCAAUAAUCCUUUAAUGGCAGCGUACGCUAUGGGAGAUUUUGGAAGGUUUGAUCCUCAUGAUCAACAAAUGACCGCGAAUUUUCAUGGAAAUAAUGGUGUCUCUCUUACUUUAGGGCUUCCUCCUUCAGAAAACCUAGCCAUGCCGGUGAGCCAGCAAAAUUACCUUUCUAACCAAAAUAUUGAGAUGGGAAGUAGGACUGAAAUGGGAAGUCAUUACAAUAGAAUGGGAUUUGAAAACAUCGAUUUUCAGAGUGGAAAUAAGCGAUUUCCUACUCAACUAUUAUCAGAUUUUGUUACAGGUAACCUUGGAACAUGAAUACCAGAAAGUCUCGUAUUGAUAGCUGAAAAGAAAAAGGAAGUUAGGGAUACUCUUAAAUUGUGUGAGGCCUUCUGACCCAAGUCGGAGGACCCAAUACAACCUAUCAUAGGAGAAAAAAAGGUGGAGACAAAAGUAACAGAAUUUUAAAGCACACUUUCUAGUAUGUAUAUACUUCUUCUUUUUAUAGUAGUAUAGAAAAUAAGAGAUUUUGUGCUUUAUUAGGUAGUAUAUAGAUAGAGUCUUUAGUAUAGGUUAUACUUCCAAUUCCCUGAGAAGAUUGAUACAACUAGUAUAUUUUUUUCUUUUGGGGUUGAAAUAGCUUGUUUGUAGUACUAUUUAAGUUAAUAUGGAAACUAGCUAGUAUAUGUUGUAAAGUUGUGAUAUUGUUUCCUCUCAAUUUGCAUACAAUUUGAAAUAUUUUGUACCUA